AUGGAGCCGGGAGGCGCCGGUGAGCGCGAGCCCCUGCUGCCGCCCUGGAGCCGGCCCGCGGCGCGGCGGCUGUGGCGGCCGGGCGGCGGCAGUGGCGGAGGAGCCCCCGCCGCGGGGGGUCCCGGCGAUGCUACUGGAGCUGAUAAUGACCUCCAUAUAAAACAAGCUGUAGUAUUUAUUGAAGAUGCCAUACAGUAUCGGUCUAUAAAUCACCGUGUGGACUCAAAAUCCCUAUGGCUUUAUCGAUGGUAUUACUCAAGAAUUUGCCAGUGGAUUUUGGGUUUAACCAUUACUGUGAUACUGGCUUUGGCUUUUGUUGAAACGCCUUCUUCACUUACUGUCACCUCAGAUGUACGAUAUCGCCUCCCUCCAUGGGAUCCCCCGUGUGGCUUAACAGAAAGUAUUGAGCUGCUUUGCUUCCUUGUGUUUGUUUUUGAUGUAUCGGUGAAGAGUUAUUUAAUUGGAUGGGAAGAAUUUUGCAAGACUAAAUGGCUGAUGGCUUAUAUCCUGAUAUUAAUUGUUUCACUUACUGAUUGGAUUGUAUCGCUGAGCUUUUUCUGCACAGAGACUGUGAGAAUAAGAAGAAUUCUUCGUCCUUUCUUUCUCCUUCAGAAUUCUUCUAUGAUGAAGAAAACAUUAAAAAGCAUCAACAGCACUUUGCCUGAAAUGGCAAGUGUUGUUCUGCUACUAGCUGUUCAUCUCUCUCUCUUUACCAUGUUUGCCAUGCUGCUGUUUGCUCGAACAAAGGAUGGCCAGCAGGAUAAGGAAUGGGUAGGGUAUUUUCGGAAUUUGCCAGAUUCACUGACUUCACUGCUGGUGCUGCUAACUACUGCAAAUAAUCCUGACGUGAUGAUUCCUGCAUAUUCUAAGAAUCGAGCCUAUUCAAUUUUCUUUAUACUCUUCACUGUGUUAGGCAACUUGUUUCUGAUGAACUUACUGACAGCAAUAAUAUAUAACCAGUUUAGAGGGUAUCUUCUGAAAUCUGUUCAGUCCUCCCUCUUCAGGAGGCGUGUAGGAAUCCGGGCUGCAUUUGAAGUACUCUGUCCCCUGGAAGAGACCCCUGCUAACGCCCAAGAGUUGUGUGUCAGUGUUGGAGACUUAUUUCAAGUGCUGCAGAAAGUAGAUAUGGAUCCUCGUUGCAAGCAAGCCAUCAUAAGUUCACUUAAAACAUCUUCUUAUGACCGACUGUCAGCUGCUCAAUUUCAGAAGCUCUUUGAGGAACUGGACAAAGACGCCAUUAAACAACAUCCUCCUAGCCCAGAGUACCAAUCACAUUUUAUGCAGAAACUGCAGUUUGUCUUUAGCCAUUCUUACUUUGGCUGCUUGGGGAAUGUGGUAGCCCUUGCAAACAUUAUUUCUAUAUGUGUGGUUUUGGUGAUGGAUGCAGAUAAACAGCCCUCGGAAAGAGAUGACUUCUUCCUGGGGGCUAUCAACUGCUUCUUCAUCCUGUACUAUCUGCUGGAAACAUUGCUGAAAAUCUUGGCAAUGGGGUUUAAAAGAUACUGGUCUUAUCCAAGCAACAGAUUUGAUGGACUUCUGACUGGAAUUCUCCUGAUUUUGGAGAUUUCAACUUUUGCUGUGUAUGGAUUUCCUCAUCCUGGCUGGAGACCUGAGUUGAUGGGCUUGUUAUCCCUGUGGGAUAUGGUUCGACUUGUGAACAUGUUAAUUGUGUUCAGAUUCCUGCGGAUUAUUCCAAAUAUGAAGCUCAUGGCUUUAGUUGUGACAACACUGCUGGAUCUGGUAAAAAAUUUGAGAGCCUUUGCAGGAAUUCUAGUGGUGGUUUUCUAUGCAUUUGCAAUAACUGGCAUAAUGCUGUUUAAAGGUGCUGUUGUUCCUAUGGGCAAUAUCAGUAUCGCCAAUACAACAUCUGGCAAUAUCACUGUGCAGUGUGGGACAUAUGAGCAGCUGGAAUAUUGGCCAAACAACUUCGAUGACUUUGCUGCAGCAGUGGUGACGCUCUGGGAUGUGAUGGUGGUGAACAACUGGCAGGUCUUCCUGGAAGCAUUUUCAAGAUAUGCAAGUCCGUGGGCAAAGAUCUAUUUUAUAGCUUGGUGGUUGAUUUCCUCUGUCAUCUGGGUCAAUCUCUUUGUAGCUUUACUUCUAGAGAACUUUAUUCAUAAGUGGGACCGUCACUGUCAUCGGGAACCUCUCUCCGAUAUCGAGUACCAGAGGACAGUUGAACUUAUGUUCAGAGAUGUUUUAGAAGAACCUACAGAGGAAGAGCUAAUGGAAAGACUGCACCAGCAUCCGCACCUGCAUUUAUGUAGGUGACUGGUGGGAUGGACUGAUGUACUUAGACCUCUGUUUUGUUGAGGCUGUCAGCUGGAAGAGACUGAAUGGAUUUUCUGUGAGAUGCUGUAAUAGGAGUUUACAGGACAGCAUUUAAAAUAUUGGUUGGCAAUUCUCUGCAGGAGGAUUUUUUUAUUAUUGGCUCCUAUGUUUUUUCUGGAAAAAAAUAUUUGAAUCCUGCUUUAUUUGACUUGAUUUUAAGUUGCAAUUUUUACAGCAAUAUUGCAGCUGUUAUUUUUAUAAAGCAUAGUUACCAGAAUAUUUUUAUUUUUGUUUUUAAGAAGGGAAAGUGUUGAAAUGAAAGUGCACUUUAAAACAUGAACUUUGUAACCACUAAGACCGCUACUUUUUGCGGCACAAAAAUGAAACUGCCCGUUGUGGUAGGGGAGUGUGCCUUGCAAUUCACGGAUGGAUUAGGCAGGAUGAGAACAAGAUCCUUAACCCUUUUUGUAACAAUGAAAGUGGGCACACUAUUUUUAUGAUAACGUGACAGCAGCAUGUUUUACUUGGCAAGUUUUCGGUUGUUAAUCACUUUGAGACAAUUAUGUUCAACUACUUAUUUAGCUUAACCAGAACCGCCUACCUGGUGCCUUCUUUGUUCUGAUCUAGGGUUCAUGCUGUUGGUACCACACUGACAACUCUGAAAACAGAUAUAACUUUGAACAGCACAAUUGUACUUGUAGCUUUCAACGUGGUAAAAUUGAACUCUAAUUCAAUACAGUUACUUUCAUGUUGCUUUUGACUGAACUCUUCCUUUCUUCCAAGUCUUGCUCUUCACUGUAUUGCAUUCCAUGGUAAAAGCUGAAGGGAAGGAAUUUGGGCCAGUACAAGCAUUAUGAUCACUGCGAGUCUUCCACUUAAAAUUAGGGAUAAAGGUUGAAUGGGAUAAUUGGGUGCCAACAGCACAAACUUUCUUUUGAGUCUGUUGGAACUUGGAAGUGCUUAACCAGUAUUGCCAGUUCAUGUUUUUUUUAAGGCUUUGUGGUCAUACGCUGCAUACCACUAGGCUUGGUGACCUGAGUAAUACUUGUUGGGUGAUAAUUUUGACAACAAAUAUAGUAGAGGUGAGAAUUAGUAAUAAAUGGCAUACUUUUCAUUUAUCUCUUAGCAUUCCAAGUUUUUCUAUUUGGAUCUUAGUCACAUAACUAGAAACUCACUAGGAAGAAUAGAAUUAGUCCCAACAACUUCUAUACGUUAAAAAAAAAAACUUGUUCUCUUACUAUUACUUGAAGCACUGACAACUAAAAUAGACUUUAGAUGGACCACAGGUGCAUCUGGGCAAAGGGCUUGCUGUGUGUGGGAAUGGACUUAAAUUGCUUCUAUUUGCAAGCUGCUCAAUCCAUUUAGUUAACAGUAUUUUUGGGAAGUCUGAAAGGGAGACAUCCUAGCUGCUUUUCCAGUUUAUCUUCUUCCUCUUUUUUCCCUGUAUCAGUGUUUUUUCCUGCACAUCCUGGGGCGAUGACUCAUAUGAGCUUAGCAGUGUGUUCUUAUAUUAUUGUCCUGUUUAAAAAGUAUGUGGCAAUUCUUGUCUGUCUUUACUUGCUGCAUAUUUUCCUUGUGUGUGCAAGUGAUGGAGAAGGUGUGUAACAAGUAUGAACUGAGCUUUGUCACUCAAGUUUGCUUUUUGUGCCUGCACUUCUAAAGCCAUGUUGUUUGUGUUACUAGUUACUCACUUGGACUAGGUUCAGUGACGUUACUAUUUUGGGGGAAUCCUGCACUUAGAACACCCGUAGUAAGUAGAUAAUGGCAUCAGCACAGUGUUUGCCUACAUUUGGGGUUGUUUCUUUCAGUAUAGUGUUAUGUCAGGGCAGUUUCUGCUCCUAGCAUGUCCUAACUGAUAGUACUAGUUUAUUGGCACUUAAUAUGGGAGAUUAAAUGGUCCUUGACAUUCUUACUCAGAAUUUCUCACUUGCUUUGUUUUCUGCCUUUCUAAAUUCUUGGAAAAGUAGCUGUAUUUGCCUUGCUAAACAGGAAGUAGUCAGUUCCUCUCUGCCUGUUUCACCUCUUUUUGUUAACCUUCUCUUGGUCAUUCCAUACUAGUACAAUCUACCAAAGCAACAUGAAAUGAUGUGGCAUUACCAUACCUCAAAUCUAUGCAGUCUU